CUAGCAAUCCAAUCUGACUAACAAUUGAAAAUGUAGGGUCCACCAACCUUGACUCAUAAACCGUCGGAAUCGCGGUGCGACUCCUAUCACUUCACCGCGCACAGUUACUCGUUAAACUCAACUGCUACGCGAUUGUUACUUUGUCAUAUACCGGCCAAACGCAUUGUUUCACCACGAUAGACUUUUUUGGGGAUUUUAACUGACCGGAAGCAACAACAGUUUAAUUACCCUCGUAUGAGCAAAACGCUAUCCUACGACCUGGCCUGGACAAUAAGAGUUGACCACGUUGUCUAUAAACGAAUGAGUGCCGGUCAAUCUGUUUUCGGUGCCUAAUAAUGAUGGAAGACAGAUGGAAGUUUUAUGGAUUCCAAAUAAUUUUUUAUGUUCUUUUUCUACUGGUUCCAAGUGGAAACGCACGGUAUCAGAAUCGAUACAAUCAAAAUGUAUGCGCCGUCGGCUCUCCGGGAUAUAAGGCUGAUAUUCUAAGCGGAUGCGAAACGUAUUUCUAUUGCCAUGCCGAUGCAUCUCGGGAGACAUUCGCGUGUCCUUUCGGUAUGCUCUUCGAUGAGCGCCGCGGACAAUGUGAUACAUGGAACAGUGUGACAUGCCCGAUGCCUGUCGCUCUACUUCAAGAAUCUAUGUCUCUCUCCAGUUCUGCCACGAAUCUAGCUAACCCACCGCCGCCUUAUUCCGGUUAUGCCGGAUAUACACUACAGCCAUCCCUGCCGGCACCGUACCAUGUGGGCAGUCAUCAAAACAAUCACCUAUCAGCCAACAAUCUUCCCGCUACGGCGACUGCCCCGCCAACCAAUCCCAUGGAUUUCUUGGCGGCAUUAUUGUUUCCACCGUUAGCCGGUCAGCAGGACUUGACGGAUUUCGUUAACACCGCCCCCUCUGGUGUGCGCCAGUCCUUCCUGCGGGUGGCAGGUGAAGGUCACCUGCCAGCCGCUCAAAUCAACUUGCAGCCCGGUGCGCCGCCAAUGCCCGGACAGCAGUCGUAUACGCCGUAUGUGGAACCACUCGCCGGUGCCGGUCACCGUCCCGUGUUUAACGAUGCUCCUCCGGGUGGCGGCCCCGCAAGUUUGGGAGAAGGAAUGUCGCGGGGACGAGAGUCUCCUGGGAUUACCAAUAAUCAGGCGCACCGUCGCUCCAAGCCAUCACCGGGAGUCAGUCAACUAGACCCGGGAAUGGCGGGAAUGAUGCCACCCGGCGGCCAUCUCCAAGGCGGUCCACCAAUGAUGUCAUACGAUACGGGACCGGUGCCGCCGCAUCUGCUGGGCGGACAUGCUUACAUGUUUGGUCAGCUGUCAAUGCAUAAUCAGACAACGGCUAUCGGCGGAGCCAUUGGGCAGGGUGCGGCACCUUUAGCCGGACAUCAGUUGCCCAUGUCAAUCAACGGCGCCGGACUGCCGCUGUCUGGACCCAAUGCUCAGGUGGAAGCUUUGAAGCCAAUUAUGCGAUCACUCAUGCAGAAUCCAUAUCAACCGCAUUUAAGACGAAUGGCUUCGCUGUUGGCAUCGGGAACGCCGCUGGAUCCAUUGGGCGCACUAUCCAGUAAGUUCCUUAACGAUCCCAUGGGCGCGGCCGCGGUAGCUGAUCCAGGGGUGGCCGCCGGUGGAAAAGGAAAGAAACCGGGUAAAGCUUUGGAUGAUGGACUGGUAGACGCUAGAAGAUAAAAGCCGCUGCCGUAACGUGCCUCAAUAGAUCUCAUUCAAUGUCAUUCGCGUAAACAAAGCCCACCUAGCGGUCAAGAUCAGCGCCAGAGCGUUAUGUCGUGACAUCCGAUACCCGUGAACGAAUGCACCAGCUUCAGCGUGUCCAUUUCACAUACACAGACAUGGAAGAUGAUGCAUGUUGCAUUUCCUGUUUUAAUGGAAACACAUUACGUAGUAACAACACCGCGACAACCGUUGUACAAUGCCAGCGUUUCACUGGGCUAGCGGUUUCUUUUAACGUGAGGCGCAUUU